UUCAGACACACCCACCCACCCAAACGUUCACAUACUCACACGUAUAGCUGAGUUGUCCAGGCUGGUCUCAGGCAGCUACCGUCAGCCUUUGACAGUCAGUCGGUAUUUUGGAGAAUCACGUCAAAUCAGCUGUUAAUAUCGCUCACCAGGAAAGCAGAGAAAGGAUGUAUGUGUCUGGAUGGCCAAUUGCUCUUCUUCUUUUUCAUCUCUUUGAAACAGCUUCAUCAAAAGAAGAUCUGUGCCCUCUGAUGAUCUCACCCUCCAGAAUGGUGGUCAGGUUUGGAGAUCCAGUGUCAGCAAACUGCUCUCUUCCAAGGACGUGUGUUAGUACCCUGGGCUGGGACGUUUCAGCGGGAGCCGAUACUUUGGCUUCUGCAUCGUAUCUAGUCUGGAAAGUGCAUCAUCUGACUGAGUGGAGCGUUAAGCCCAUAUGCUUUACACUGUCUGAGAUUGGGGAAUACCACUACAGUCAACUAGAUUUAACUGUCUACCAGCCUCCUGUCAGUGUGUCCAUCCAUAUGAACUUUUCUGGGCCCCUGCUUGAGAAUCACCAGUACACUGUGCAGUGCCACGUCCAGGAUGUUGCUCCUGCCGAAAACCUCACUGUGACCUUUUAUCGAGGACAAAUGGCACUUGGGCCACCACAGUUCUCCACAUUCAUAUCGAGGACACCGGUGACAGAAAUAUUCACUCAGAGCUUCAUCACAAGUAGAGAGGAUGAUGGAGAACAAUACUGGUGUGAGGCCAAGCUGGAGCUGGGACCAGAAGGACCACAGCCCCCCCCUGUGGUCAGGUCUCAAUAUCUCACCGCCACUGUCCACUUUGGUCCAGACCUUCUUUGUCCUCAAUUUCAGCAGGUCAGAGAGGGAGAGCCGCUAUCCUGUGAGGUGACAGGAAACCCUAGCCCAGAAGUCACCUGGCUCAGAAAUGGUCAGACGGUUGCCCCACCCAUAUAUCCAAGCAGAGCGUAUGCUGGGGAAUACACACUUAUUGCAGCAGGGGCUGUUAAACAGAUUGAAUAUACAUUGGAGGUAGAGAUCCUCACUGCCAGAGGAACUUCAAACCUGCACAGUUGGCAUUUCCUGGUGACCGUCAUGCUUAUUCAGUCAAUUUGUUGGCUGUAAAACCUUCUCAAAAUACCCUAUGCCUCAUUAAGAUGGACAGUGUGCCUACUGUCAAAAGGUUUAUAGUUUGCAAUUACACAUUUUCUAUUAGAAAAUGUUUACAUAACAUUCAAAUUUCACCAUCAACACUCCAGACUCAAGAUUUAAGAUAUAGUAAGAUAAUUUAUUCUACAACAGCCCCCCUUGAAAGAUUCUGCUGAAGUACGUAGUCUAAGUUACAACACUGGCCCUAUAAAAGCCAUGUCAUUGCACUUUGUCUGAAAACACAAUUAGCCCAUUGGUCAAAUCUGCUCUGUAGACCCGGAUGGAGUGGCCCUUUCACUGUGGCCAGGUAAGACGAAUGAAAAGGAACAGCACCCAAAUAUGGAUUUACCCCUAUCCUAUGAAAGAGGGUUGUUUUAAGUGGAGUAACAACACAUCAACACAGCGAAGCAGGGUGUUGCACCAUGUUCAUCUUUGUUGUUUUAAAGUGAUAUACCUUUAAAACACCAGUGGAAAAGACUUACAGUCAUUUCUGGUCUUGAACUUUCCCUCAGAUAUAAGCAGUUUGUUUUGUUUACCAUGUAAGAAGUUGUGUCCAAAGAAGUUCAGCUACAUUAAAGGUUUCCCAUAUCAUCACUUAUUGUUCAGGUUCCUCUCACUUUAGGGGGUGAGCAUCCAGGGGUCAUAAACUUUUUGAUGAAA